AUGACGGCCAACAUCACCAUCGCAGAGUAUCUUUUCCAACGCCUGAGCCAGUUGGGCGUCAGAUCUAUUCAUGGCGUCCCUGGUGACUACAACCUUCCGCUCCUCGACUACAUCAAACCUGCCGGAUUGCGUUGGAUUGGUAACGCCAAUGAGCUCAACGGUGGAUAUGCAGCCGAUGGCUAUGCCCGUAUCAAGGGUCUUGGGGCCCUUGUGACCACAUUUGGUGUAGGCGAGCUGUCGGCAAUCAAUGCCAUCGCAGGAGCUUACGUUGAGCGCAGCCCUGUGGUCCACAUCGUUGGAUGCCCUGCUAGGUCUGCUCAGAAGUCACGAACCAAUCUUCAUCAUACCUUCAACGACGGUGACUUUUCCCGUUUCGCCGCUAUGCAUAGCUACGUUACCAUCGCACAAGCCAAGCUAUGGGACGUCCGCACUGCUGCAGAGAAUAUUGACCAAGUUCUUCGCCAGUGUCUCAUCCACAGCAGACCUGUCCAUCUCCAGAUCCCAGUUGAUAUGGCGGAUGCUCAAAUUUCCGACGAGAGGCUGCAAAUAGACCUUUCCGCUCAGGUUUCCGGGCCCAUGCGCCUCGCUGACGCCGCUAUUGACUCCAUCCUCGACAGGCUAUGCACCGUGAAGCGCCCUAUCAUCUUGAUAGAUGGCGAGGUUCGCGACCUUGUGGUUGUUGAGGGGAUUAAUCGCAUCGUCACCUCAACCAAAUGGCCGACUUGGGUAACCUGCUUCUCCAAGGGGCUGGUGGACGAGACGCUUGCCAACGUCCACGGCAUUUACCAGGGAGAUUUUGCCCCUGAGGCAUCACAGAAUCUUUUCAAGGAAUCUGACCUGAUUCUCUGCGUUGGGCCGCAUUUCAGCUCGGCCAACACGUUCAAUUUCUCGGCUCUUCCUGAUCCCAAGACGACAGUUUUCAUCAAUGAAACUGAUGUCAAAAUUCUGGGAGAGACGUUUGAGGAUGCGCCUGCCAAGUACGUCAUUCCUCUGCUAGCCAAGGAACUUGGCCAGAGAAAGUUUGAGAACGCUCACCAGCAAUAUCCUGAAAUCCCCAAGGAUAGCGUAAUCCCGUUUUCGUCUCUACCCAAACACCAGCCCGUCACCCAGGACAAGAUCUGGCGUGCACUCGGCAAUAUGCUCCGUCAAGGAGAUGUUGUCCUGGGCGAUGUCGGCACAGCGGGGUACGGCCUGCGUGAUAUUCUCCUGCCUACUGCGGCAAGAAUUCUCCUCCCAGUUACCUGGCACUCUAUUGGCUGUCAGCUGCCAGCGUCACAGGGUGUCGCCUUGGCCCGGAGAGAUAUAGUGGAAUCAUCGGGGGGAAAGGGCAAUACCCGCACAAUAUUGAUGAUUGGGGAUGGCAGCUUCCAGGUGACUGCUCAAGAAUUGUCCACCAUCAUCCGUCAGAGUUUGGACGUGAUUGUGUUUGUGAUUAAUAACGACGGUUACACCAUUGAGAGAGCCAUUCAUGGCUUGUCGGAAGAGUACAACGACAUCGGUCAGUGGAACUACCUGCUGGCACCUGAAUUCUUCGGAGCGCCCAAAGGCAGCGUCAAGACAGCGACAGUGAAGACCUGGGGUGAUUUGGAGAACGUUCUUGACGACGAAGAGAUUGCCGAUGGAAAGGGAUUGCGCAUGGUUGAGAUUUUCAUGGCAAGGGAUGACUGCCCAAUCGGGCCUAUGUCUACGUGGUUGGAGAAGGAAAAGGCCAGGACGUCAAAGUACUCUAUCUAG